GGCCUGCGCCCAACGCACGGCUCGGGGGACGCCCGCGGCCGGAUGCCCUGUGUCCGCUCCCUCCUCGGCCUCUUGGCGGCCGCGGCGGCUUGUGGCACCGUCGCCUUCCUGGGCUACUGUGUUUACCUCGACCGGAAGCGGCGCGGGGAUCCCGCGUUCAAGCGCCGCCUGCGGGAGAGUGAGUGGGACCGAGGGCCUUCAAAUUGUGGAGAAGAAAGUUCUAAAUUCUUGUUGCUUUCUUGGAUUUGUAGAAUGUCUGUUUUAAAUAACUUUAAAUUUUUGCUGAAAACUUGUCAUUCUGUUUCAGGAGAGCAUAGAAUGGGGGUUCAGCACCUCAGCAAUGCUCUUUUAGUGUGCAGACAACCACAGGAACUUCUGAAGGUUUUCAAACACACACUCCCUCCCAAGGUAUUUGAGAUGCUGUUGCACAAAAUUCCCCUUGUUUGCCAGCAAUCUGAAGCAGACAUGAAUGAACAGAAAUGCUGGGAGGAUGAGCCUGAUUGAAAAACAUUUCAACAUUUCUACAGUCCAAUGAGAAUAUUAUAUAUAAACAACUGCUCAGUG